AUGGAACGCUUGUUCCGCCUGGUGGACAAUCCGAUGGUUGUGAAUGCUGCUGCUUGCUGUCUCCUUGCCGGCUCACAGGGCCAGUGUGUGGCCUGUCAGAAGGCUAUGGGGCCCUACCUGGAGCCCACUGCGCCUGGUGAUGGUGACUGGCAAGGUGAGGAGGACGCACGGCGUGCAGACAGCGAAAAACAGACCAGCUCCAGCGGCAAAAGUGGUACAGAAGGCGUCGCUGGUGCUGGGGUUACGGGAGGCACAGGGAGCCCAGGAGUGGCUCCUUCGCCUUUCGCGGCACCUGAGCAGCAGGCUGGAGCAGAGCCUCCCUGGGACCAGUCGGCUGGUUCAGCUGGUGCCAUGCACAGGAAACAUAUGUGGAGCAGGAUCCAGCUGUAUGAGCGCUACAGGGAGGCAUUCCUGUCCACGCUCACAGGCAGCAGCUGCCAGCUUGGAGUGGCUGCUGUUCGUGUCCUGGUGGCUCUAAUCCUCAACAUGUCAGUGGACGUCGAUGUCCUCGACGUCAUGGGAGUGCUGCCUCACAGACACCGCAUCCGAAAAGACCUGCUGACACAACUCUCAGCCCCCAACGAGCUGGAAGAUGAUUCUGUCACCACGCCACGUGCUCGGAUGGACAUGCCGCCGCCUGUGCGACCUGUGCGUAUCCGACGGUCCCGUGGGUCCAUUGGCAGUGACGAGCUGGCGUCGUUCAGGCUGCCGCUGGUGCCUGAGGGCACAGUGGCAAGUCAAACAGAUGGAGACGGAAACAAGCUUCCACUCAUUUCUGAGACGCCUGCCGCCAAUGGGAAUGACCCCACAAGCCCCCAGAACGAUUUGACUGGUCGAUACUCGGCGUCGCCAAGGACGCGCACGCUGGUGGAUGAGCUCCUUGAGGCUGUUGUUGGAGGAGUGUUCAUGGAACGGGCGGAAGAAGAGCCAGUCCCAGUGGAUGGACCUGUGGCCGGGAGUGAGGGUGGCGCACAGAUGGUAAACGCCCUGUGCAGCCUGCUGCUGCUACCCACCCUCCCGGCCACGUCCAUCUGCCACACGGCCUGGCUGCUGAACCAGCUGCUCCCCGCAGCAGGAAAGGGCCAGGCAACCAGCCGGAUGGAGGCGUGGCACGUUGACAACAUACAGGCAGCGCUGCGGUCGGCGCGGCAGGGCCUGUCAGAGGAGGUCAGAGGCAUGUGGUGCGAUGCACUGUUGCCACUGGUCCACCUGGAGUGGCCGAAAGCCAGGCAGGUGAUCCUGCAGCCAGCGUUGGAGUCUACUGGCAAUGCUGUGCUGGCCUGGCUGCAUGCACAGCAGUCGUUUGAGGCCGGGAAGGCACUCGCUUCCCGCAGGGGGCCUGCUGCCCAUCAGAGGGCAGGCCGGGGGUCACUGAGCCUCUCAGCACAGGCUGCUGUGUACAUCCACCAUAAGGUCAAGCGCCUGGUGGCAAUGAUGCAGGUUAACGAGCUGCUGUCCAAAUCGGACAUCCCCGAGAGCUGCUCCCUACCAGCCAUCCCCGACACUGAUAUCGCUACCACGGAGAUCAAGGAAUCCAGCGAAGUAGACUUGUCCAAGUCCACCAACAUCCGCUGUGCCGUGGCCUUUGCCAAGGGCCAGGAGCGCACCGUGUACUUCACUGUCUACGGCAGCCCCACUGCAGCCCUCACUGAGUGUGGCAAUAUGGGGCCCAAGGACAUUGAGGGGGUGGCCAAAUCGAUGCCCGUGGUGAUUCUUGCAGCGCCAUUGGAGGCACGGGCAAAUGCGGGGACAGUGCUGUCGGUGGCACCGCUGCUUGGAACAGACCCGGUGAUUGACAGCGCCCACCCGCGGUGGUUGCAUCUGCAUGUGAGGCCCCCUGUCCGGCGGUUUAUUCGAGCCAUAAAGUCAUCCGAGCAAGGCAACAAACCUCUUACAGCGUCUUGGCAGCAGCUCGUGGACGGGCACUGGGUGCUUUCCUUUCCUGACGAGGAUGCGGCCAUCAGCGCCAAGGCGCUGGUGCAGGAGCACACGGCAAAGAUCACUGGGAUGUACAGCGACGUCCUCUCGCCGAUGUUGUCGCCCAACCCAAGCGUACCGCCCUGA